AUGUCCAAUCAUCAAGGAGAAUCUUCGUCCCAAAACGGGAAUCUGGAAAAAGAGGUCAGUGAACUGCGUAUUGAGGUGGCGCAAUUGAGAGAAGCGCUGAGAAGUCGAACGACUUCUGGAACGUCGACUCCAGCUCCCCCCACACAAACCAGCAGCACCAAUGCCAAACCUGCUGGGAAAUUGUCGAGAAGUGCAAAACGUCGCCUGAAAAAGCAACGUAAGAGAGAGGAGGCUUCUAAAAUGGAAAAGAAUGGAGAGAGACAAGGAGGAAACCAGAACAAUCGGAGGAGUGUGGCCAUGGACCGUGGCCAAGGUCCUUCAUCGAGCCGAAACGAUUUUGAAUAUUCCCAUGAAUCCUAUCGGGAUUCCAGAAGAAAUCUAGAAUGGCACGGACCAAGGGAUCAAGACCACUAUCCCACUGAGCCCACAUUUCAUGGAGCUCUGUCGACGAGCAGAUCAGAAACGUAUUAUGAGUUUGGACAUAAUGCAAAUCGGGAGAAUUGGUGGAAUGACUCAAGAUACCGUCAUGAAUCAACUCCUCCCAGAAAUAACAAUGGGUACAAUCGAGGAGAUUAUCAGGAUUCCAGAAGAAGCGAAGGAGUGAGGAACAACUACCAGGAUCGUUCUUCUCAAGAACACGGGAGACCAUAUCAAUUCAGAGAUGGUUACAAUGGAAAUCAUGAAUACUCAAGAGAGGAAUCGAGAUAUUGCUACGAUCCAAGAGAGCAAGACUCCAGAAGAAAUCAUCCCAGAAAGGAAGAAUCAUCACCACUUCGAAACAGCGAUCGGAAUCCUUAUCAAGAUUCCAGGAAUGGCUAUGGAUCUCGCCUGUCGUACCAAGAACCCCAAAAUCCCAGAAAUUUUGAAAAUGAAGCUCCACAAUCAUCAGGAAGUUCGAGUUCGAGAUGGGGUUCACAACAGAGCCACCAACAUAAUCGUCCUCCGACACAAUAUGGCAGGAGGCAAGACACUUAUCAGGAGCCACUCGACUCGAGAUAUUCCGAAAAUUCCAGAAGUUUCCAAGAACCAUAUGAAGGAUAUCACCAGGAGUACCAGCCUUCGAAUCCAUACCGUCCUGGAAGUUCAUCACAAUUUGAUUCAAUUCAAACUGGAGGCCGAUUUGAUGGAAACCAGGCCCCCUCGAGAACCGGGUCAAGCCGUCGCCAAAGUCCCCCACGACCGAGGAACGAUGGAAGAUACUCCUUUGAGAGCAGCCGACCCUCAAAUCGAGAUCAACCUGGGACUUCAACAUCAGGUUACGACAAUUUCGACUCAAUUCAAAUUGGAUGCCGAUUUGAUGGAGCCUCCUCGAGAACCGUGAGAACUCGUCGAAAAAGUCCACCUCGCCAGAGGAACGAUCGAAGAUUUGAAAAUGAACUCGGUCCCUCUCGCUGUCAGAUUGAGGCGUUGAGAAAUGUACCAGGACCAUCCACACCUUCUCAACGCCCUUCUAACUCCAAUCUUCAGAAAGAGAACUCUGGUUCCUGGGAUUCGCUGGACGAGAUCAAAGGAACAAGGAUUGAAAGGCAAAAUCCUGAUCGCCAAGUCGAACACCGGGAGAGUCAACCUCUCCGUCAAUCUCCACAUACUGAACCGAGACGCAGAGAACAGAGAGCUCAGAACCCGCCACCCGUCCAAAUAAAUCGUGGAUUCGGAUUCGGAUUCCCUCCACUCGAUUUUUCGGAGUCCAGUGACGGUCCAAGCACUUCCGAACAACGUCCGGCACCCCGCUACUAUGCAAACCAAGAAUGGGGGCAAGAGCCAUCAGGAGAACCUCAAUCCCUGUCGGAUUCUACAAGUCCGCCAUCUGAUCCAACCUCACCACCGCGAAGUCACUCCAGAGACAUCAUCCCAUCCCGCCAACGCAGUCGACAGAGAUCCUCACGACGGCCUGCUCCAGUUCCCCACGGAUGGGAUGUUCCAUUUCCCAGACCAGGCCAAGAACAAUAUUUGGUGGAUGGAGAAGAAGAGCAGCCAGUGGAAGUUGAGGAGAAGCCAGAACCGUUCACUGUGGUUUUUGACCCGUUUGACGAGUGUAUGCUCAGCUCGUCAAACGGAGAAGUCAAGUUCUUCGAAGACGAUAAAUUCUCCUGGGUCCAAACAGAUUUGGACUUAAUCAAGGGACACGGAGAUGGAGACCUCAGAGCCCGAAUCGAGCCGGUUGCCACCCCGAGUCUGGUCCCCGGAAAAGAAGCAACAUAUUGUGGGUGGAGAGUGAAGGAAGUGAUCGAAGUGAUCCCAAGGCCUCGGACUCCGAAUUCAGAUGACGACUUACCACUGCUUGAUGAUGCAUUUUGGCGUCCAGUGGAAGUUAGUCGACCUCUGCCUCAAGUGCAACCGGCAGUUGCUCUACCGGAAACUUCUCGACCGGAGACACCUCGAGGUGAAACGACUUCAGAGGAGGAAAGUGAUGGUGAAUGGUGA